AUGGCGGAUCAGGAGGACGCUAUGUAUUCGAACGCCGGCCGCCGAGACGAUUCUCCUAUCGAUGGAGACCCCAGAAAUGAACGGGAAGGGAGUAGAGAAAGCGACCACGACGACAGAGACAGACGGCGAAGAGGCGGUGGUUAUGAGAGGGAUUUACGACGCGAAAAUAGACGGUACGCUCCGUAUCCUUCGGCAGAUGAAAGGUCGAAUUCUAGGCGACAGUCUGGAAGCGGCGGAAAGGAGUGUCGAGUAUACGUGUGGAAUCUUCCUUACUCCGUAAAAUGGCAGGAUUUAAAGGACUUUAUGAAGAAAGGUAAUUCUGCUGUUGUGGACUAAUAUUACUUGUAAAAAACGAAAAACUACUACAACAAUUCACACCUGCAGCUGCUGGCUCGACGCUACUCACUUGAAGCGAAAACUUUGUUAGGCAGUAAAGCAGAAGAAGACUUACAAAAACAAUGAGGCGUCCACAAACCCUGGAUCAGACUGGAUGGCAUCAAUUUCUGUAACUCACUUGCUAUAAAUUGACGAAAUGAUGAGGAUAAGGUUACGGUGCAGUGGUUUAUCGGAUCCGAUCUCGUCUGAUCCAUGGUUUGCCAAGGACCAUAACAACAUUAAUCAUUAAUUAUUGCAAGCCAACUUUUACGAUUAGCUUAGAUUUUAAACUUUCUUGUUUUUAUUUUCCACAGUCUCAAAAGUUAGAGUUUCAGACUAAAUUAAAACACUUAGUCAAUAACAUUGGUGGUUAGGUGCCAACAGAGAUAGUAACAUAGGAGAGCAGGAGUGCUAAGUACAUUUACAUAAACCAUGUAGUUUGAAAUUCUAGGCAUAAACAUUUAAAAAUUAAAUUUGAUAUCAUGGGAAGGACCCAGUACAAAUUGUAUCAAAAUCAGGUGAAAAGAUGUUCAUCUUCUCAUCUUUCCUCUCCUCUAUUUCCCAAAUGGUACGGCCAUCGCCGUUUGAUUUUUCAACCAAAUUUCCAGUUUUCUCAUGUAAAUGUUAAGUAACCCAGAAAACCUCUCAGCUUCAAGGAGGUCACCAUGGCAACCAUACCACAAAACAUGUAGAACUGUGAAAUACAGAUUUUAAAUGAAGACAAGAUAUCAUAUCUUCAUUUAAAAUCCGACAAAACAGCAAAGCAAAUUGAGCAAAAGCAUAUAGCAAUGCCCUUACAAACCUCCCUUGAGUGAAAGGGUUGAAUUGCUUUACGUUAUUUGUUUGUUUGUGUUUUUUUGGUAGUUGGUGAUGUUGGAUAUGUAGAUAUCAUAGAGGACAGUCAUGGAAAAUCAAAGGUAAAGGUCUGGUCUUUGGUUUCGCUUACUCUCUGUACAGUUGUACUGGUAAAUUCUGGGAUAGAAUUUAUGAGAUCCCGUAAGUCAAAUUGUUGAAAACUAACAUAGAAACAUCAUAGUUGUUGCAUGAAAAUUUUUUUAGACAAUUAGUUUGUGAACAUACCGUAAAUAUAACUAAGCCUAAACAUUGGAACUAGCAACAUAUUUACAAUAGUGGAAUUAGAAAAUACUUCAGAGGACUAAUAUCUAAUUUGGGAAGGAGUAUCUGCUCUAUAUUAUUUCUUGUUGUUUUAGAACUAAUAGACUGCUUUUAAUUUUAGACACUAACUGUGGCUUACAGAAUAAUAAUCAUUUUAUUGUUAUUUAUAGUGUCAGUAAUAGUUAUUUUUUUGUAUUUUUGUAUUUUGUAUUCAUAAAUAUUAUUUUCUCAGUUUUUAAUUUUUGUUAACUCCCUCUUUUUCGUUCUCUUUUCAGGGAUGUGGGUAAGUGUUUCUAAUACCAUGGCAUUGAAUAGUUUUUUGUAAAAGAAUAGCACUAUUUUUAUUUUAAAAAAUUUUGUGUGAUGAAAAUGACAUUACAUUGUAUGAUUUUGUUUCUUACAAAUAAAAUUUCUGCAAUGAAAGUUUAAUGAUAGAAUUGUGUAACACACAGCUAAUGUAAUAUUAUGCUACCAGCUCUCUGAGGCAUCAAUACAUGAUGUACUUUAGACCUGUCACUCUACAUUGUUAGGUGUUUAUCAAUAGUUACAUUGUAGUAUUUGUCAUCAUUGUCUGGAGGCAAAUUAGUUUGCCUUUUCUGAAUGCCUAAACCACUGAAUGCUUCAUUCAUGUAACUUUUGUCAGGGUUAACAGUUGAUCCACACACAAAAAAAGUAAAAAGAUAUGUUGGUCAUAGUUUUAUGGCUAUUGAUGAUUUGAAGUUUAUAGCUUAUAUUAGUAUUAUCAAUGAAAAAAAAAACAGAAUUACUCUUGAAUGUGAAAGUACGUUGGUUAACCUUUUUGCAGCAUUGUGGAAUUUCGACAUAAAGAUGAUGCAGAAAAAGCCAUCAAAGAGCUCCAUGGGACAGAAUUUAAAGGAAGGUCCAUCCAUAUACGUGAGGUAAAGCCUGGUGUCCAUAGAGUUUUACUGGUACUGUCUUGAUCACUGUAGUUGUCCCAAAAGUAUUAGGGAUUGGAAUGAUCACAAGUUUCUAUCUCCUCAGUUGUCUAGAUCAUCCAAUCUAGUGUGAGACAACAGUCAACAUAUUGUGAUGCUGUAACUGUUUUCAACAUGAAAUGAAGUCCGAGAAAUUAACACAGAAAUUUUGUACUGAUGACUUUUGGUCGAUCAGAUCUGGGCAGUGCUUCUUAUUAGUCAUGCCACAAGGGAAAUUUGCUUCAGCCAAUCAGAAGCACCCUUGAGAUCUGGGUAGUGACAUGUCAUCUGUAUGGAAUUUCUGUGCUUGUUUUGCAGGUGCCACUUUGCGGGUAAACCAAUAUUGCAACAUCGAGAAAUGUCAACUGUUUUCUCAGGCUACAUCACACCUUGCACCGGAGGCAUUAUUUUAUACUGUACAUACAUUACACUAACCAAUGCCGAACUGUCUUACAGGAUCGGAUUGAAGAAGAUCGAAGUGACAGACGCAGAACCACAUCAUCCAGGGGAUCAGACCUUGGCAGCAGUUAUGGUGGUGGGCAUGGCAGCAGUAGUCUUGCCCUGGGUGGUAGUGGUGGCAGUGGUGGACCUCUUGGUAACAUUGGAGGCCUCUUAGGCCUAGGGUUUGGAAACUUUGGUCAAGGAAUUAAUUACAAAACUGAUCCGCUGUCGUGCACAGUUUUUGUCAGCAAUGUAAGUUAAUCAGUUUCACUUUCAAGUAUUUGUUGCUUUCUGCGAUUACUUGGAUUUCUUGUAAUGGUCGUGCAGAAACAAUGUUAUCAUUUCAAAUGAGCACAAUUUAUAGGAGGCUAGCAGCGAUUGUGGAAACUUAAUGAGAUAUUAAAAUAAGAACUGUUAAUGUAAUGAUCAAGAAUCCAAGUGAAGUAAGUCUUUGUGGUACAUGCCUUUACUCUACAUUUUGGCUGACUUGGCCUUCUCUAGGAGUACAAUACAAUUUAGGUUUGCACCAACAGUACUUUUUUUAAUGUAGACUGAGUGCAUCGUGAUAGGCUAGAACUGUAGCAUGCUUGCAAUUUAUUGGCAGUUGCACAAUAACUGGUAUAGAUAAAGUGAAAGUAAAGUACAAUGAAAUGGAAUUAAAUAGACAAGACAAAAAGAUAUCAGAAAACAAUGCGGACAAAACUAUUGAUCUACCAAAAAUUCCUGGACUCAUAAAUAAGUUUGAUUUUUUUUUUUGGCCCAACAGCUUGACUACAGUGUCACCUGGCAGAGACUUAAAGAUAAAUUCAGAGGAGCUGGUAUGUGACUGUGUGUAUUGCAACUUGAUAAACCUCCUAAAAUAACAACAGGUCUGUGCUCGAGCAGAGCCCGGUGGCCCCUGGCGGCUAACUUUUGCCCACGGCGACUAGCAAAUCUUAAUUUUUUCAUACAACUCAUAUGCUGGGCACCCUAAUUUACCGGUUCAGAGCUCUGGGCUCCCUUCAAUUUUCCUUAGAGCACAGCCUUGAACAAUGCUAGUAGACAGUUUUGCAACUUAAAUCUAAACCAUGAAAUAUUAAGAAUCUCUUUAUUGAUCCUUCUUUUAUGGGUAGUGUGCUUGCAAGUUAUCGACACCAAUUACAUUGGAACCCCACCUUACGACCACAUCGUUAUUACGACCAUAUUGUUUCAAUCCAAACGUAAAACACUGGGUCAUUUUGUUAUCAAUUUUGAAGACCCAGUAAAUGCAACCACCUCGUUAUUACGACCAGGAUUUUAUGGCCAAACAAGGUCGCAUUAAUGGAAUUCCAUUGUAGUUCAGGGCUUGAAGACUUGCGAAAAAUUUUCAAGCCCUGUUUUUUUAAAGGUUUAUAAACUUUGCUUGCCUAUAGUGUGAGAUGAAAGCACAAUGGUCCACUGGUUUAAUCCACUUAGAAUGACGGGACUAUCAGACAGGCUUCACUUUCAUCACUCAUGACAGCACAGGGCUGUCAAUUAAGGCUGGGGGCCGGGGAUUUCCUCUGGCUUCCAUGAAUAUAUACCCCAGCUACUUCCAUAGGAAAAUAGAAGAAAAAUAGAACCAGAAAAAAUCACGAACUGCUUAAUUCCCCACCUACUUGUUGUAUUUACCUGGCAACUUGAAAUCUUAGUGACAGCGCUGCAGCAUGAACCUGCUGCAGUGAUGUCCUUUGUAAAUAACAUACCAACAUACUUAUUGGGUGAACUAUGUUUUUCAGGCAAUGUUGUCCGUGCAGAUAUAAAUUUGGACUCAGAUCAUAAAUCCAAAGGUUUUGGUACUGUACAGUUUGAAACGGCAACAGAAGCUAUAAAUGCAGUUUGUAUCCUUUCCAUGAAUACAAAUAAAAUAAAAUAACAUAAAAUAAAUAAUGAUUUGGAGGUAGCACAUCCACAAAGUGGUUCUUCGUCUACCUGAUUCCUGGUCGAAUUGGAAUUUGGAAAUGCUGGUUUUUGAAGAGAGGGGAAAGCCGGAGUACCCGGAGAUAAACCUCUCGGAGCAAAGGAGAGAAUCAACAACAAUUUCAACCCACAUAUGGCGUCAAAGCCGGGAUUUGAACACAGGCCACAUUGGUGGGAGGCGAACGCUCUCACCACUGCGCCAUCCCUUGCUCCCCAAUGAAUGAAUGAAUUAAUGCAAUUAAUGUUACAGUGUCUGUUGAUUUCAUCUGUCCACUCAGCUAACCAUCUCUGUUUCAUUAGCUACUAUUUUUAGUCAAACCCUGCUUUACGAACACCUCGUUAUUACAGACAGUUUGCAUUGUCUCUUGGGAAAGAAAGCCCUUACAUUGUCUCUAAAUCCAACCCGCUUAACCCUUUAAGUCCCAAUAGUGGCCAACAUUAAUUUUCUCCUAACAAUAUCCAUACAUUGUCAAGAGAUUAAGUUAUGAGAAUUAAUAAAAUGAUCACCUAAGAGAAAAUGCUUUGAUCUUUUGUCAAAUUCUCUCAACUCAUUCUUUAAGGAAAUGUAUAGAGAUCAGUUUGGAGAAUUUGUAUGUGGAUAUUGGGACUUAAAGGGUUAAUACGGACACACUUUCUAUGACCCAUUCAGUGCCUGUGUUGACAGGAUUUGACUGUAUUCCAUUUCAUAUGUUGGUUAAAAUAUUUAUUCUUAACUGCAUGCGUAACUUAGCCAUGUUCCAUGGCCAUGUUCUCUGUGACAGAGCUAUGAGUGUCCGAUUGGUAAGUUUACUUGGAUCAAUUUAGAUCUAUGGAAAACUGCCCACCUACCCCUCCCCUAAGCCAACAUUAUCACUUACUUCUCACUUAGGGCAAAAUGUUGGCUUAGGGGAGGGGUAGGUGGGCAGUUUCCUAGACACCUAAAUUGAUCUGUUUACUUUCACUUUUUUUAAUUUUUUCAUUUAACGAGGCUGUGUCACAAUAUUUUGAGUCAUUAUUGGAACAAGAUUAUCUUGAGAUUUGAGUAAACCUUAAAAUAUUAGGUUGUCUUUCAAAUGACUGGUUAUGCUUAAGGAUUUAUUCACAGACUCAUUAGCGAGCAUUGCAAAACUUCCUUAAGGAACAGUAAAAACAAGUGAAGGUGAAAUAAAUGCUUCAUAGUUUGCAUGUAAGUGAUUACACUUGAAUAUUUUUUCUUACAAAGCUUGCUUUAAAGUUGUUACAGGAAAUGUGAGAUAGUCAUCCGUUCACACCUCGUCUUUCUUGUAUUGGUAUUAGUCAUGUUGGUUUGGAUGUAAUAUUUUUGUCUUCCUUCUGUUUAAUAAAGGAUCGCAAUGCACCCAUCAUGCAGCAACUUAGCAAUACAGGUCUUAACAACCCAAACAUGAACCGAGGAGGAGCUGGAGCUGGACCAGGGGCUGGCAUGAAUCCCAUGGCGGUGUUACAACUGUUUCAAAGUCUUCAAGGGCUGACUCAGCUGGCCCAGUUAACAAACAAUCUUGGCGGUGGCAGUGGUGGAUUGGGCGCUGCGCUCGGCAAUCUGUCUGGAGGUGGUGGAAUUGGAGGUGUCGGUGGACCUGGAGGGAUACCUGACACUCCUGGUGGCAACCCUCUUGCGGCACUUGGUGGACUGGGAAUGCUUGGAAGCACAUUGCUCGGUGGAGGUGGCGGUAGUGGCGGCAGCGGUGGGAACAUGGGUGGAGGGCUUGGUGGAUCACAUCACAGUGACGGUGGAACUGCGGGUCGGCAGGUUUUUGUGAGAAAUGUAAGUACUGCUGAUCUGUGAUGUUUAUGUUUGCGCGCAGGGUUUCCAAGGUUCUUGGAAAGGGUUGAAAUUGAUUGCAUCAUUUUUAGCCUAGGACUAUUUGAAGAAGUUGCGUAUCUAAGAAUGCCAAAGGUACAUACAGAGUGGAGAGGUAGCACCAAAUCAUUGGCUGAUUCUGAAAAUGUUGAUAUCAGAAAUCUGUUGUUUCUGGAACAGAUGCAGUGAAAGCCGUAGUAGAGCAUGCUAAGCAUAGUGAAAUAGUACAUCUGAGGGUUCUGUGUACAAAUAUAUCUGAUGUUGUUAAGUUGGAGUUUAAUUUACUUGAAUGAGAUCUUGAAAAGGCCAGGAAAAAAAACUGCAGCUCAACUAUUUUGAGGUCUAUAGUUUAUCUUGAGCAGUGUUUCUUGUUUCUCGUUGUAAUUUUUGUGCUUUUUGGUGAAGUGAUUGCAAAUUCUAUGUAGUAUGACAACCCAUUACUCUAGAUCCUCAAGAAGUGGUUUUACAAUCAACCUUUUACUACCCGAGAAGUCUAAAAGUUUUACUUGUCUUCUUGCGCUGGGGGUGUGAUCUUUUUCUUUGGUGAACUGUGGCCUUCAGCUUAAAAUUUCAUCCAUACUCAAAAGUUAGAACCGCCUUGUAGGUGUACCAUAAUAAACAGUACUACAGGAAAGUACUGCUCAUUAGCUUUCAUUUGAAUGGUCACUGUACUUGAUUUCAUCCACAGACUCAAAAGUUAGAACUACCUUGCACAGUGUAAUAAGCAACAUCACAGGAAAGAACCACUAAGUUGAUUUCUUGUGCAUGGCCAUGCAUUAAGAUUUACUCCAUAGACUCAAACAUUAGAAGUACACUUUGCACAACAUGGUAAAAGAACUGUCUGAUCGAUUCAUUUGACUGGUCACUUUUUGAGUUGAAGCCCAUCUGAAGUCAAAAUUCAGAACUAUAUUCAUGACUUCACUGAAAUGUCUGGUUAUUGAUGAGAAAGGUUAUAACUCUCUGCAUCUGUGGGUUUGGCUCUAUUUUGGAGGGUGGUUUGUUUAAUGUGGGGAUUGGAAUAUUUUAACAGCUUCCCUGGCGUUACACUUGGCAAGACUUGAAGGACAAGUUCAAAGGGGCAGGUAAGUCAGUUAAUCAUUUAAAAGUAUAUGUAUAAUAUUAACUAUUGUGUAUGGCUGAUGUCGAUUAUGAUGAAUACUAAUAUCACCGAGUACCAAAAACAUUCACACACACGUGCAGCUGAAUCUGAGAGACCUUUUCAUUGAAAGACUGAAUUUAUUCGACACCACUCAGUCUGAUUACAAUUAUGAUUACAGACCAAAUUGGACGAAUUGAAGUUUUGUCACCAAUAUUAUCAAUAGACCUUUUUACCGAUACGGCGGCCAUAUUGAAUUUAUUAGAUUUAAGGAGUAUUAUGGGAUGCCUAGGGGGCACUCGUUCAGUAUAUACGUGCCCUUUUCGGGCAAAGAGAGAACUUCAACGUAUAUUUCUCGGGAAAAAGGCGAUCGUUAUUACAUUCAAAGACGGCACAAAGAUCUUUUUUUCUCAUUACAAACUUUUUCUAGGAAAACUUAAAGAAAAAUUGGCCCGAAAAGCACGCGUAAAUACUGAUGCGAGUAUAUGAGAUCGUGCUCAUGCCCCCUGGGCAUCCCAUAAUACUCCUUAAAUCCAAUUAAUUCAAUAUGGCUGCCGUAUCGGUAAAAAGGUCUAUUAUCUUUUUUUAAAAAAAAAUGAGAUCCCAGUCUAGAGCAUGUGCACCAUGGCAUAUACUGUCCUAUUUAAUUUAGUCAUGACAUAUACUUUCCUAGUGCUCCGUCCCAUUCAUGAUGAAAUCAGGGCUGUUGAUAGCUAAUUUUGUUAUACUGUAGUUAUGAUUGAUAAUGGUAAUAGGAGUCCAAUUUGGUUUGUAAAUUGUAUGAGUGAUUGACAAAAUCGGACAAUCACAGCAGGAGUUCAACUCAGUGUUUAAUCAUGAGCAUUAUUACGUACGGAAUUGGAUGACAUGAACUUCUGUUAUCAAUUAAUCAUAAGUAUAACUAAAUGUGUGAUAUUUUAGGCAUUUUAAAAAUUAUGCACAAGAUAUUUGAGAGUUUUUGCUAGCAGUGAAAAACGAAACAUGCAUGCAGUGGCUUCUACUGUCCAAUGACGCAUGACUUUUACUGUCCUAUUGUACUGAAAUCAGGACAGCUGACAGCAGUCAGAUAUGAGAAUUUUGUUAUUGUUAUGAUGGAGGCAGUUAGUCAUUGAAAUCUUAAUUGCUUUUUUUCUGAUUCAGGGAGAGUUGUGCGUGCAGAUAUUAUGACAGAAUCCAGUGGAAGAUCAAAGGGCUGUGGGACAGUGUUGUUUGAAACUUCUGAGGAUGCAGCCCAUGCAAUAUGUAUCCUUAAUUUUUUGUCAUAAAAUUAGUAAUUUAUUGUUAUAAAGAAGAGAAGUGUGACGUCAUAAAAAUUCAAAUUUGUGAAGUUAUGAGAUUGGUUAGCAUAUUCAGAAAAAAACAAGGUGAAAAAUGCCCCCUUGCCAAAACUUAGCCUGUUAGUGUAAAUUGAUGGGUCAUUACAAGGACCGGUUUGCUCUGAUGACUCCAUACAAAUCCUUCUGAAAUUGGCUUUGAUCAUAACUUCAUCGAUCCAGCUUGUUUUAUAAAGAUUUAGAAGGAGUCAUCAGAGUAUAUAUCAUCAUUAUCAUUUUUUGAGUUGUUUUAGUACUAAAGAAAUUCGUACCUCCAAAGGUUUUGCAAAAGUUUCAAAUUUAAUUUCCUGACGUCCAUUCAUGUUAAUGAAUUCCUUUGUUUUCUCGCGGUUUGCAGAAUCACAAACUACUUGACUUUGAGGCUAAUACAUUUACAAUUGACUGCUUUAUAGACUGCAAAACUGUCCGUAUUUUUGCGUAUUCAAGUACGCGCGAGUGGUGAAACAAAAGGUCUGGAACGAGGCUGAAAAGAGAGAGCGAGACCUGGGGAGAGACGCUAAAAAUACGCGUCACGCGCCCUACGGGCGUGUGAGGUUCGCGCGCGUAAGACUCUUACGGCACGCUUUACCGAUUUCUUUACUGAUUUUGAGAAAAAAACGACUGUUUUGCAGUCUAACUGCUUUGAAUUUUCCUUAACAACUUUUCAGCCAUGUUCAAUGGAACAAUGGUUGAUGGCCGUGAGCUUGAUGUCAGAUUGGAUCGGUUGGGCUGAUGUAUGAAGGGGACCAGGGAAUGAUGUUUUGAAAAGGAGAGAGAGAACGGCUUUUCUUGGCCCUCUUGUAGUCAUGUUUCUCACUUGCAAUCCUUCCAUUGUGGACUGCCAAGUUGUUUAGUAGUUCAUACUUAGCUGUGGUUUAUAGAAAGGACUUGUCCUGCUUGACACGUUUUUCUGGGACUUGUAGCUUGUUUUUAUUUACUUACCCUAUUAGCGUAUAACUUUUGAAAAGUUCACCCUUGCGACUUAGGCCACGGUAAGGCUUAUCUUUUUGGCUUGGAUAGUUGUGGAUGCUACCGACCUCUAUCCAACGGUGGCACUUGGUUUUAUCAAGACUAAGCUCUUCUUAGUUUACUGAGGCAGACAGGGCCUUUUUGCAUCGUUUUGGUGAAUCGCGUUUUUAAAGUAUUCGGGCUUUUUAGUUUUAGCUCUGUUUUACUUCAUUACUCAGAAGCAACAUUUUGUCAGCAUUGAGGCAAUGCAUGUCAAAUUCCGCUGUAUACCUUGUAGCUCGUCGUAACCAGCAAUAAUUGGGCGUUGUAUUUGUUGAAAGCCCGUCUGGUUACAUACUUCUCGUGAUCAAACGUUUACCGUAGUUGUAUUUAUAGAAACUGAUGUUGCCUGAUAAAAUGAGACUUGUGAAAGGUGGUUGUUGUUGUUGUUGUUGUUGUUGUUGUUAUCUUGGGGUGGCACCGUUUCGAUACGUGGGAUACUGUC